GUCGUGGUUUCAUCUCCAGAAAAUUCGAACGACGAUGUAUGUGCACGUAGUCGCCAAAUUGGUCCUACUGUCUCUUACGUCAGCGGGUACGUACAGUCUUCCGUUUAGUUUAAUUGAUCGCCAUUCCCAGUUGUGAGAAAUGAAUACAACCCAAUAGAUAGCAACAAUGUUAUAAUCUAUUGAAGUUACGCCAAGUAGAAACCGAAGGAUCAUACAACAAAUAUUUACUGUUGUAUGUUUUUUUUCUUUAAACAUAAUGUUCAGUCCCAAAGUAUAUGAGCAUAAUUAAACGUCAGAAUCCAUUCAUUUUUGAAAAUUAAAUAAAGUAAACAUAGUGAACUACUUUAUCAAACAAAAUAACUUAAUUUAACAUAAAAUUACAUAAACAUAAUUCAUAAACGAUUCGUGCAUGAAUACAUUCAAAAGCUGGUUGACAUUACAGUUACUAUGAUCUAAUGUCCACAAAAAAAAAAAAAACAGUCUCAGGAAUUCAGUUUUCUGUACAGCCUACAACGAUAGAAAUUGGACUAACACCCAGGCUGGACGUCCGAUGCUCCCUGAGUCACGGAGUCGACACCGAGUUGGCCAGUCUGGUCUCGCUCUUCAUAUCCCGCUCUCCUGACACGGACACCCUCAACUUCCAGGAGAUAGCCUCCAUCAACACGUUCUCCGGUAAUGUGAGUAACGUUCUUCACAGCGGCGCGGCGGUGUCCGGCUUCAUUAACAAUGCCGGUCAGUCCUCCCUGAGCAUGCACUGGACGUAUCCAAGCUUGCAGGAAGCUGGCAUCUACAAAUGCGUGGCCAACGGCGUGGACGGAGCCGGGCAUUCCCUGAGCGUGGCGUCGUCCAGUGUCGUUGCGAUCGAGCAGCCCAGCAUGAGCCAGGUGGUUGAUGAGCUCCGCAAAAUGAAACUGAACAUCGACAACGCCUUAGCAAACUCUUGUAUAUCAGGUAACUGAUUUUGAUAUGUUACAGAAACAAUCGUAUGGCAGAGCUUAGCUUACAACCUAUCUGCCUUUUUCUUUAGAUCCAAUUAUCUCUAUAUGGUGUAUAGGUCAUUGAGAGAUUAUUUCAAUAUUAAUUAUCUGUGCUGAGCUAUUCUUUCCAUCAGAUCAUUCCCAUUUGGUGCAUUUCUCCCACUUUUCUGCCCAGGUCCCUCCUACAACAUGUAAUGUUCCAUGGCCUCCAUCUGUUUUUAUUUUCUUGUGAAUCUUGGCAGAGAUUGUGUUGUUAUAUAAUGGAAUUUAGGUUUCACCGGUAUGGCCAGUCCAUUUCAAUUUCCUUUCCCAUUUAAAAUCUUACUUGUAAUCUUUACAUAUUAUUUAUUGUUUAAGAUCUUGCACAAACAUCCGUCGAUAAUAAGCAUCUUAUCAUUGCUAAGGUAAUUAAUGAAAGUUAUGAAGUUUAAAAUUGUAUCGUUUUAAAUUUAGACUAACUGCAUGCAUCAAAUAGCCUGUCUUACAAUCUUAUUUGAUGCCCUCAGGUUGCUGGCACAGUCGACUAGAACAGAUGAAGAAGGCGAGGUUUGAGAUCUCAUCUCUGUACCAAGGUCACCGGUAUCUCCUGUCGCUGAACGACAACGGGCUGUCCGCUUGGUCGGCCGAGGAAUCGUGUGAGCUGUACGGGGGCUACCUGGCUGAGGUCGACGACGACCCUGAGCUGCAGUUCAUGCAAGGCUUCAUCAGGGCGCACAGCACUGCCGGCCACAAGAUGGUCUUGAUCGGAGGGAGACACACGACGGGGGGUUGGGCGUUCAGCCGGAGUGGUCAGCCGUUGACCUUCACGAAGUGGAGUCACGGGAUGCCGGACGGGAAGUUCAACUGUCUCUACCUGUGGUCGGGUAGCGGGUGGUUGAUGUACGACCUGGCCUGUUUGCUCGUUGACGUGACCUACUACCCCAGAUACCUUUGCGAGGUGCCAGAGGUUUGAACAGAACAGAGCUAUUUAAAAUAUAAACUAUAUAAAUAAAAUACUUUUUAAAAACAAAA